AUGAACCACCCAAAUGGCAAUCGUACAGGAAGAAAGGAAGUUGUUGAUGAAGAGGAGGAAUCAGCAUUGGCGUUGCCACUGCUUGGAAGCAGAGAAAGAGAUGAUGGGUCUGGGUCAGGGUCUGAAUCGAAGUCAAAGGCAUCGGUUAGUGGUUCUGUGUUCAAUUUAUCAACGACGAUCAUCGGUGCUGGGAUCAUGGCCUUACCUGCGGCCAUGAAAGUUGUCGGUGUGGUAGUGGGCGUUGCUGCCAUCAUCUUCCUUGCCUUCCUCACACACACCUCUCUGGAGAUUCUUCUUAGAUUCAGCAGAGUUGCCAAGGCCUCCACCUACGCCCACCUCAUGGGGGGUGCUUUUGGGAGUUCUGGAACUCUGCUUUUUCACUUGUCGGUGCUUCUCAAUAACUUUGGCAUACUUGUUGUCUACGUCAUCAUAAUUGGUGAUGUCUUGUCUGGAACAUCUUCAAGUGGAGUCCAUCAUUUUGGGGUGCUUGAGGGUUGGUUUGGUCAGUGUUUGUGGACUGCUCGUGCUUUUGUUCUUCUUCUCACAACUCUGUUCGUAUUUGCUCCAUUGGGUUUCUUUAAGAGGAUAGAUUCAUUGAGACAUACUUCUGCCUUAGCAGUUGCUCUGGCUAUUGUGUUUCUAUUCAUAACUGCGGGAAUCACAUUCAUCAAAUUGUUUAAUGGCAGUAUAGCCAAGCCCAGGAUGCUUCCUAAUAUUACUGAUAUUACAUCCAUUUGGAAUCUCUUUACAGCAGUGCCAGUUCUUGUGACAGCUUUUGUUUGUCACUACAAUGCAUUAUUUGGAUUUCUCCUAUUUGGUGAGUCUACACUUGAUGAUGUGCUGGCCAACUUCGAUACUGAUUUAGGCAUCCCUUAUAGCAGUCUACUCAAUGACGUUGUUCGCAUCAGCUAUGCCCUCCACCUCAUGCUUAUGAGAACUGUGUGUUCCCAAGUCAUCAAGUCAAACUACAUAUUGUUAGCCACGGGAAAUGCUUCAAUCCUUGAUAUUUCAGUUUGUCAAAUUGAAUGCGUGGAUUAUUUUGGAGUUGGUUUGAAAAACCACGGGACUUUUUCAAGGUUCACAUUUCAAAAGGUUUCGGAAGUAUUUGCUAUCACAAAAGGAAGACUAUCUGAAAAUGGAUAUCUAUCAGGUUUAAAGUUGGCAGCAGCACUUGCACUUCCCCGGAUCUUCAAUCUUCACUGA